UAGGAGCAGUAUAACGUCGUAUAAGUUUUCCACUGGAGCUCAAACGUGAACAGUUGCCGAGAGUGUACACUCCUUUUGAUAGCCAUUGGUGAUUGAAGCAGAGCAUAACAGGUUCAGGAAAAAAUUUGGUGUGUUUGCCAAUUUGCAAUCGUCGAAACGAAAAUUAAUCGAUUUUUCUGUGAGUUUUUGCUAUUCACUUGGUGUGUACACUUUUUUCAAUUGGAAAUUAAAUCCACGGCGUGAAUUUUAAGGUGAAAGAAAAAAAAAACCAUAAGUUGAGAACCAAAAAAAAAAUUUGCAUUGGAAAAAAAUGGCCGCGAAACAAUCAAUUAUCAUUGCAAGUGUUUUACUCUUAGUGAUUUUCGUUGAACAAGGUUCAGCGAUAAAAUGCUUCGAAUGUAACAGUCACUACAAUCAAGGAUGUGAACUGGACCUUGUGCCAUCAAACUUUUCCGUGGAUUGUUCAUUAAAACAGGAUCGCGAUGAUAGAAAUAAGCCCAUCCAAUACACCAUUUGCCGAAAAGUGCUGCAAGUCAUCGAAUUCUCGGUGAAUCAAUACUCUCCACUCUUUUCUGAUCCAGUGCCAGCUAAUGUGCGCGUCAUCCGGUCGUGCGGCUAUGAUGCGAGAACCUACUCCAAUACCUGUUAUAAAAGACACGGAUUUGGCGGUCGUCAGAUUGUGUGCGCUUGUGAUCAACGAGAUAAUUGCAACCAUUCGAAUUCGUUAAAAAGCCCGAUCAUGCUAAUAGCUUUAUUUAGCGCCAUCGUUGGCUUUUUAUCACAUUAAGAUGAUACGGUUGCAUAAGCACAGCGAGUAAAGAAAAAACACGGCUAAAAGAAGAUCUUGCUUCGCAACGAAACAAGACAAGACAUUCAUUAUUGGAACAACAGUCCACCGAGACAAAGCCAAUCGCCAUUGCGACGCACUUAUGCUGAGUGAUUUUGUUUAAUUUUUUCAUUUUCUAAUUAAUUUUUUGGACAUUUUUUUUAUUAAUUUCUGAUUCCAGAAUUGAAAUAGUAAUAAUAAUAUAAACGCACGCCCUAGGCAUAGACAUAUCCACCCGUGUCGUUGUGUCUUGCUUGAGUCAAUACAAUGAACACGAAUUUAGACUUGAAUGGAAUAACAACAGCAAAUUAAAACAUCAGGAAAAUUCUUUGGUUUAACUCAAUCGUGUUGAGUCAGAGCGUUGUGACAUAGAAACAAAUCAGCCAUCCCCUUGUAUUUCGUUUUAGUUGAAAAAAAAAACAACAACACUUUUUACUGUGUUCUUAUCGUAUAAGAGACCAAGCGAUUUGAAAGGCUAUCACUCCCAUGAAAACUUUUUAGACGCUUAUAAUAUAUUCACGUUUUAAAUUGAUCACAUUGUUA